AUGUGCCAAAACUAUAGGUGGGACUGUACCUACUGCUUCGCUACGAACGACUGUUACAUAAGGUGCGCUUACGGUCAACAGCAGAACGCAGUUUGUGCCAAACGAGGCGAGCCUUUCCCGCUACCUCAGGGCGCUCAAGUAAGCUGCCAACAGUGCUGCAGGCAAAACGCCCCCCAAAUUACUACCCAGGUUCGACACACACCAGCUGCUGCCGAUCUUCCUCAUUCGCGUUGUCGGGUAGACUUCAUGAGCCACCUAGGAACAGCUCAGAAGAGCAUAAGACACCGCCAACGUCCACAAUGCACUUCACAGGCUCGCCAAGAGGCCCUCUGGGAAGCUGCAGCAGCAAGUCUGCCAGACCCACGCCACCGAUUGGCAUGCUAUGAGGAUCGGCGGCGUCAGCUGUUCCAGAGUGUUGAGCAGCAAGCAUCGCACAGCACUGCGACUGGGGCGACAAACAACACUUCGCAUGCGGCGUGGACGAGCGCAUGGGACGAACUCAGAAAAACACUUCAGGCUCCCUGA